AAAAAAUUAACAAAAAGUUACAUCCGAAAUUUUUUUUAAAAAAACUAAAUUAAUGUAUUUUUAGUUUUAAAAUGUUAUGUCCAAAAUUAGUUAAUUAGUUAUGAUAUUAACUAUUCAAUCUAUUAAAAAUAAAAAUUAGUUAAUUGAAAGUUAUAUUUUUAAAUAUAAGAAACUUGAGAAAUGAAAAUUUUAAUUUUUUUUCAAAAUCUAAAUAUCCGAACCAGAUCCAAAAUAACCGAAUCCGAACUGAAAAUACCCGAACCCGACCCGAAGUACAGAAAUACUCGAACGGGUUCUACACCUCUAUACCGAAAUACCCGAAAAUCUGAAAUACCCGACCCGAACCCGAACGGGUACCCAAGGCUAAACUAAAUCGAUAAUUAUUAUCCUCUAGCUAUAUAUGGUCUUAACGAAAUCGACAAUAGUUUUGGGCUUGUCUACAUAAGCGAUUGAUUAAAAUAAAUGAAAAAGAAAAAUUCAAAAAAACGAGCCAAUAGAAUUAUAACAUUUUUCCUGAGAAACUCUAUAUGAGUGUCAUCUCAGCAGAAAUCACUAAAGUGACUUCUCUUUUAAUGUAUAGGGGGAUUCCUCAUGUUUUUCUUUGAGAAUAAGUAUAGAUGGUUAUUAAUAUUUAUGAUAUGUUUUUUAUAUUUUCUUCCUCCGUUCCAAGAGAUGAAAUGUUGCAUAUUAAUAAGAACUUCAACCAAACAACAAGAAAAUAAAGUUUUCAACUGAUAAUUUAACAAGAUUUCAAAAUUUUCUAAUUUUUAAGAAGUUGAAAAUAGUACCAAAAUUGUUUUUGUACCAUAUAUUUUAUGAUUUAGCACUUUUGUUAAGUCUUGAGAUCUCGUAACAAUUACAAAGAAUUAUUUCAUCUCGUAAGACAUAUAGAUUCCUCAUGUUAUCCUUUGAGAAUAAGUACAGAUGGUUAUUAAUAUUUAUGAUAUUUUUAUAUAUUUUCCUCCUCCGUUCCACUGGUUCCAAGAGAUGAAAUGUUGCAUAUUAAUAAGAACUUCAACCAAACAGCAAGAAAAUAAAGUUUUUCUUUGUAUUGGAGAUGGAAGAUUCAACUAUAAGAGAUGGAAUAUAUAUAUAUAUAUAUAUUAUUUUUUUGUAAGUUCAUAUAAUAAUCAGUAACAACUAACAAAUUAUAUAAGAUAUAUUUGAUAUAAAUUUCAUAAAAUCUAUACAAAAUAUUUAUUAAAUCUAGUAUUUUUUUUUAAAAAAAUUCUCAACUCUUAAAUUUUUUAAAACCAUCAAAAUCCACAUAAAUUCUGCGUCCAAUAACCCUUUUAAAUUGUCAAUUUCCUUUGUGCCAAGAUACAAUAAUAAUUUCGUUUCACUUUGGGAUCUACUAUAUUGGAGUUAAAUUCAUGCAUUUUCUCAUUAUUUGAUGGGAAUAUAUAGAGAUUAAUGAUACUCAGAUUUUUAUUGAAACCAUCAAAUCCAGUUAUCAGUUAUAUAAUAAAUUAAAAAUUAGACAGAAAACAUCAAUUAUUAGUUUGACCUUAAGUAACUUAAGCAAGAAAUUAACACAAAAAAACUUAAUUCUAUGUUCAUGUGUGUGUUUUCUUUUCCUUAAUAACCAAAUCUCUCUUUUCUUAUUUCAUCAAUCUGUUUCCAUAUAAAAAGAAAAUAUAAUCUCGUCUAGGAAGACAAUCUUUUGGUACAUAUAUUAUUUUUUCUCUUCAUCUUCUGCCGAUUUCUUUGUCUUCUUAUUUUAUAUUUAAUUUCUCCGAGAAUUCUAAGUUGAUAGUUUCUCUAGCAACAAUCCAAAGGUAUCGUUUCUCUGACUUCUUGCGUUUUGGUUAAGUUUGUGUUGGUUUGAAGUUGAAACUGCUAAUUAGGGGUUAAAGCGUGUAGAGUAAGUUAGUUCUCUGCGGUACUGUAGAAUUAGGUCGUUGUCCUCAAAACUUUGACCAGAACGCAAUAUUAGAUAUAAAGAAAUUAAAAUCAUUCAACGAUCAGAUUAUUUUGUCUUUUAGGUAUUGAUGUGAUUGAUGGUUGACGAGGAUUAUAUAUCUUGAUUGAGAACUCUUGCAAGUCAACACUUGUCCUUCUUUGGGUGUAGAUUCUUUCAGUUAAAACCAUGUUUUGAUGUUGGAAUGAAGAAUAGAAUGUUUGAGUCAUCUUUUUGGUAGAUUCUUUUGUCUACAGAUUUGUUCUUUAAUAAUGAUUUCAAGUUCUACAAUAUGAUCAUGAUUAAUAGAUAGAUAAUUAGAUAUUGUUACUGAUUAAUCACACUCUUCUGUCAUUAGAUUCUGUGAUGAUGGCUGUGGAGAAUAGCUCAGAGAUCAAAAACUGUGCAAUGGCUGAAGAGAAUAAUACUUCAGAGGUCAAAGAGAUUGAUACAAAUCCUCAAGAGAUGAUGAUGUCUGAAGAAGGUUCUGUAAGAAGAGUUAUUGUAAAGGAUGUGGGAAACGUGGAAGAUGUAGCAUUGAAGGAUCAAGAAGAGUGUGUAUCAAAGACUAAAGAAGUGCCUAAGCCACCAAGUGUGAGCUUGAGACGUCAUUCAACUGGAGCGAUAGGUACACUAGGAGGAGGUAAACUGGAGGUUAAGUCCCGUUACCGCGGGAAUCAUCAUGUGCCCUCAACUCAUGAUCUCUGUAAACACGGGAAGGCCCAUGAUCAUCGUGAUGAUGCGGUGAAACCAUGGAAGGUGGUGAGGAGAAGAGCAAGUGUUGAAGGCUCGGAGGCGGAUAAAGUUGAGACUACUUCAGGUUUGAGAAGGAUGUCAUUGGGAAGUACCAAACCUGAGAGUUCUGCGGUUGCAAAGAGAGAUGCAUUGGCUGUGAAGAAAAAAACAUGUGCUUCUGUGAACUCAGAAACAUCUAGCGUUAAAGGAGGUAGCGAGAUGGCGAGAUCUGUUGAUGGUUUAAGCGUUAGAAGCAAUGAUAAACCUCGGAAGCAGAACAAGGGAACCGAGAGUACUGUGACUGGUGGUGGUUCAUCUGUUGUUAAAAAGGUUGCUGGCUUAGGAAGUGAGAAGUCAAGUUGUAAGGUUUAUACUCCAAAGAAUAAAGAGAAGGCAAAGACUCAGACAAUAAGUGGUGAAGAUGUAAAAGAGAAGACUGUGUGUGUUGUCGAAGCUAGCGUCAAAGGUGUUCAGAGCGAGAAGAAAAACAUGAGAAGUAGACUAAAAAUCUUGGCUACUCCUACUAAACGUGGUUCUGCAUAUCAUACCUCUUUGACUAAGAGGAAAGAAAGUGGUGAUGCAGACCUUUUAGCAAAGAAGAUUAGGCCUACUAAGAAGACAGGUGUAAAGGUUACUCUAGGGAAGCAGCUGAGUUUCAAUAAAGGGAAGACUCUUGAACCAAAACUACUUGAGGAUCAAGAAACCCAAAGCGAAGGAAGGAAGAAGAAUCUGAAAGGUAUUGUUGGUGAGACUAAAAGCGUUUCUUGUGAAGGAAGUAAACGUGAGAAGGUUGUUCUGAGGCGUAGAAUGGUAGAAGGGAAGAAGAAAAGGAUGACACUGUUCAACAGUGUGAUUGAGGAGACAAUGAAUAAGUUGAUAAAGGUGAGGAAAACCACCAAAGUGAAAGCUCUUACUGGUGCUUUUGAAUUUGUAAUCUCUCUUCAGGACACUAAGACACCUCACAGCAAGGACGUGACAUCAGAGUCUAAGGUUUAAUCCUUUUGGUUCCAAACAGUGAAAACAAAACAUACCCAAGCACUUAUGUCUGUGCAUAUUUUUAGUUGGCUUGUUGCUGCUGUUCUUAAAAUUACAAAAUGACUUCUUCUUUUUUUUGUGCAAACAUCAAAAUGACUUAUUAAUGUAUUUUGACAAUAACUGAACUGAAGAGGAAGUUGUAAAGCUU